AAGACAGUCGGUUAGGACGUUAGGUGGGUAUUGUAAUGUUUCUUCAGUGGCUCAGUCUCCUCAUUCCUCGUGCGUGCGACGGGCGCAAGUUCACUCGUUAGGUAAAACAUAUUACAAUAUCAGUUUAUUUUUCGUGUGAAACGGCGUGCAGGCACGUUUGUAUCAUUAUGAUUCGAUGUUAGUGCGUUUCAUGUCGUUAGUCGUAAUACAUUAAUAUAAUAUUAUCGUAAACGUUUAUAUUAUUAAAAGUAGGUACGCGAAUACCGUUUGACCAUUGACAUGUAACAUAAUAUUAUUAUACAACGGUCGACAAUAUGAAAGCUGAUAUUGGAAUACAUUUUAUUAUCACAAUAUUCACUUUGUUCGAGUCGUGGAUAGCUGCUAUUGACAUUCCGUAUGAAGAUCUUAACAACCCAUAUAAGUUAUGUCUACCACAGUCCAGUUGUGCGGGAGUGGACCAGAAAGCGGCCGCGGCUGAGGCGGAGAGCGGCGACGGCGUGGGCGGGCUGCGGCGAAACUGUCUGUGCGACGACCGGUGCGCAGAGUUCGGCGACUGUUGCACCGACUCGGCGCACUUCGACCCGGUCGAACAGCAAAACUCGGCCGCCCGGCACGGGUGCGUGCUCACCGACGUCAAGGGCGGCGCGUACGUGGUGCACAGGUGUCCGGCCGCGUGGACGAACGCUCGCGUGCGGGACGCUUGCCAAGCGGCCGACGGCGGCGGCGGCGGCGACGGCGGCAUGGUCGACAACCCCGUGACCAGCCGGACGACGGGACGCGCGUACCGGAACCGGUUCUGCGCGGCGUGCAACGACGACGCGGCCGACCCGAUCCUGUGGGACACGCGGAUCGUGUGCGACUCGCUGACGGACGUGGCCGCGGGCGCCGAGCAGACGGUGCUGGACACGCUCAAGUACAACGCGACGGCGGGCCGGUGGACGGUGCGGUUCGCCGGAAGCGCGUACGAGUGCGACGCGCUGGCGGUGCCGCCGACCGCGGCCCGCGCCCGCCCGUGUCUGCCGGAAGCCGUGGUGGCGUGCCAUCCGAAGUGGCCCAGAGACGAGAUCCGGUCCAACUGCGAGGCGUACACGACGGUGGUGUACGACAACGAACAGCCGUACAAGAACAUCCACUGCGCCAUAUGCAACCACGUGCUCGUGCAGAACGUCUCGUGCCAGCCGUCCGACGUGCACCUCAGGUUCCCCAACCAGUUCGGCGUCCGAAGUUUCACGGCUCUGUUCGUCGCCCGGCCGGGACACCGCGAGUGCCGAGGGCCCGACACGUUCUACGACCCGUUCGGCAAGACGUGCCGGUCGCUGUCGGUCACCGACGACGGCGUGCCGCUGGACUGUCCCGUGGUGGCCAUGUAUCCGGCCCCGGCCGAGGGCUGGCGGCCGCCCGACCCGGACGUCCGGUACGUGACGCUGGACAACGGCACGGUGGCCGUGUGCGCGGACGCCGACCGGCGGCGGUCGUCCGACCACUCCGGCGGGUACGUGGCGCUCACUUACGCGGGCCUGGGCGUGUCGGCGGUCCUGCUGGUCGUCCACCUGGCCGUGUUCGCGGCGCUGCCCGAGAUGAAGAACCUGUCCGGCAAGAACCUCGCGUCGUUCUGCGUGUCGCUGCUGUGCUCGUACGCGGCGUUCGUGGCCGGCAACUGGCUGACCGGCGCCGCGUGCUACGCCGGCGCCGCCGUCACCUAUUACGCGUUCCUCACGUCCUUCGCCUGGAUGUUGGUGAUGAGCUUCGACUGUUGGCGCACCCUGCGCCUGGCCACCGUCGAGUUGCGCGUCACCGGCGGCCGGCAGACCAAGAAGUUCCUCGUCUACUCGGCCGUCUGCUGGCUGGUGCCGGCCAUGAUGACGUUCGUGGCCGUGGCCGCGGACGCCGUGCCCGCCGUGCCCGACCACUUCCGGCCCCGGUUCGGCGCCGACCAGUGCUGGUUCGGCAGCAAGACGGCCCUACUGGCGUUCUUCGCCGGUCCGCUGUCCGCCGUCAUGGUUGUCGACGUCGUGCUGUUCGGCUGGACCGCGUACAUGAUCCACUCCAGCCGGGCCACCGUCCGGCACGUCAACACGCGGCACGUGCGCCGCGACUUCCGCAUGUACUGCCGGCUGGCCGUGCUCAUGGGCCUCACCUGGACCACCGGCAUAGCGGCCAGCUACACGGACGCCGCCUACAUGUGGAUGCUGUUCGUGGCCCUCAACACGUUCCAGGGCCUGUUCGUGUUCGUCGCGUUCACGUGCCGGCGGCGCGUGCUCGACUCGCUGGUCCGCGGCGUGGGCGGCGGCGCCGGAGCCGUCCACCUGGGUCUCGGCCACCGUCCGUCCGACGAGAAGUCCAAAGACGGCGACCGGAAGAGCUUCCACCGCGGCCCGCCCCUGUCGUCGUUCUCCUGGUCGUCCAGCGACAACGGCACGCCCAUCAGUUCGGAGAAAACCACCGACACGUUCUACUGAUCCGCGAGCGUUCGAUUUAUUAUUAUUUAUUUCCGAUCGCGCCGGACGAAGAAUCAAAACGCAAAAUUCCAAGACUGAACUGAAUGAUUGGCUGCGGGGCCGAGAACAAUAGCAUUACGAUUAUGAUACGGACGCCACUCGAUCGCCGCCGCUGGCAAGACGCCGCUCUAUUCCUCUCUAGAUCUUUAUUUUUAUUUUAUUUUUUUUUUUUUUUAUCGAUUUUUGAACUUUUCUCAUGACAUUUAAAUUUACCCGUGCUCGUGUGUUUUUGACGACUCUGAGUGUGUUUUCUUUUGUAAGCAUAUAUUAUGUUAUUGUAUGUUAUAUUAUUUUCGUGUUUGUAUGAUUUAUAGGUUUACGAAGCAAAUUUAAUAAUAAUAUUAUAAGUGCACUUAAAUUUGUAUACAUAAUUAUACUACCUAAUGAAUUAUAGUUAUACAAUAUAAUAAUAUUAUAAUUGUAAUAUGUCAAAUUGACAUGUUUUUGAUUCGAUGUUACGAUUAAUUCAAUCACGUGGUUUCUACAUUUUAUAUUAUUUAUCAUCGUUUUGAUAAUUAAAAUAUUAUUGACAUAGAA